AUGGCGACCAAGGCGGCCAAGGCGGCAAAGAGCCACGAGCAUGACAAGCGCAAAGGCGAAUCAGCCCUCAGCGACUUUGCGGAAUACGUAGAGCAACAGCAGAACCUCCGGUAUCCAUCCUCGACCAAGAAGCCCGUUCCCGACUCGGCAGAGCACGAUGCAGAGCUGGAUGAGCUCCUAGACAGCCUCAAUCUGGUAGACUCUGCGCCGCGGAUAAAGCUCAAGGACCUUGUGCUCGGGUCGGACGACGACACGUUGCGGAAGCUCGGGGAUGUCAUCACGGAGCGGAUAGAAGAGGGCGCAGGAGAGACUGUCUUUGAUCUUGGCUUUGAGAACAGCGGCGAAUCAAUGCAGCUAACGCUGGACGAGUGGAAUAUUGCAUAUCCAAGACUAGUCGAGGCUGCGAAAAAGGUGCGCGCAGACUGUCAGCUUCUCCUGACAACCAAUGUCGGCGGCAAGGAAGAGGCUGAGAGCACGGCCACCAAUCCAACAAAGGAUAAGAGCUGUAGCGGAAAGAUUCUCAUCCGGAGGAUACCAGACAAGAUAGAAGACGUCAUUGAGACUCGAAUAGCCGUAGUUGGCAACGUUGAUGCUGGAAAGAGUUCGCUGCUAGGCGUCCUGGUCAAGAAUGAUCUUGACGAUGGGCGAGGAAAGGCGCGGGUAAAUCUCUUUCGCCACAAGCACGAAAUGGAAUCUGGGCGGACAAGCUCCGUGGGCAUGGAAAUCAUGGGAUUUGAUAGCCUGGGUCAAGUCGUCACCUCGGAUACUCCCGGUCGAAAGCUGUCCUGGGAAGAUAUUGGAAAGCACAGCGCCAAGGUCAUUACGUUUAGCGACCUGGCAGGACACGAAAAGUAUCUCAGGACGACCGUGUUCGGCCUGCUGUCCAGCAGCCCCGACUUUUGCCUCCUUAUGGUUGCGGCCAACAACGGAUUGGUGGGUAUGAGCAAGGAGCAUCUGGGAAUUGCGCUUGCGCUCAAUGUGCCGGUCAUGGUCAUCAUCACCAAGAUUGACAUUUGCCCGCCCAACAUUCUCAAGGAGACCAUUAGCCAGGUCAACAAGAUCAUGAAGAGCCCUGGGGCGAGAAAGAUGCCGACCUUUAUCACAAACCGCGAAGAGUGCAUCAACACGGCGACCCAGUUUGUGAGCAAGAGGAUAUGUCCCGUCUUCCAGGUGUCCAACGUCACCGGCGAGAACCUCGAUCUUGUACGGACCUUUUUGAACAUGCUGCCGCACCACGGCCACUACCAUUCGGAUGCGCCAUUCGAGUUUCAGGUCAACGACACGUUCUCGGUGCCAUUCACGGGGACGGUGGUCUCUGGUAUCGUCAAGUCAGGCAUGGUUCACGAAGGUGACAAUGUCCUCAUCGGGCCGGAUUCUCUGGGACACUUUACCCCUACAGCGGUGCGGUCCAUUGAGCGCAAGAGAAUACGCGUGCAAGUGGCCGAGGCAGGGCAGUCUGCCUCGUUUGCGCUCAAAAAGAUGAAGCGACGAGACGUCCGGAAGGGGAUGGUGAUGCUUCACAAGGAGGAGGGACAAACCGGCCCAAAGGUGUUUCGCGAGUUUGUUGCAGAAGUUCUCAUCUUGUCUCACGCGACCACAAUCAAGAAGCGCUACCAGGCCAUGCUGCAUGUUGGCGCUGUGUCACAGACUUGUGCCAUCAUCGACAUUGAUCGCGAGCUGAUCCGUACUGGUGACCGUGCAAAUGUUGCGUUCCGCUUCGUCCAGCGUCCAGAGUACAUUGCCCCUGGAGACCGGCUGCUCUUCCGCGAAGGUCGUACAAGAGGCCUUGGCAUUGUCAAGUCCGUGGGGUAUGAUCAUGAGCAUCCCCUGAUGAGUACCCCGGACGAUGGUAUUAAGGUUGCAGAGCCAGAGCAGCAGGAUGUUCCUAUAGCGACGAACGACGUAGCCAGUGGGACAUAG